AUGCCUCUGAAACGCACUCCUCCACAAAACGCUGCCCAGCCAGAUUUUGGUAAUGCGAUCCUACUAAGCAGAGCCAAAUCAGACCUAGAUAUUUCCGGACCAACCGAAACUCCGUCGCCUGUAAGUAACCGUGACUUUUCGCUAAUAACUGUACGCUCUAAAAGGCCACGUUCUGAAGUUUCUCCUCCUUCGACCACAAUGGAGGAAUUUAAGACUGAAAUGCGAAAUAUGAUGAAAUCCCUAAUCUCGGAACAAUCUGCCAUGCUAUGUCGACUCUCUGAAGAUGUGUCUGCUAUCAAAAUUCAAAACGAAAAUAUUCAAAAGUCCAAUAAAGAAAUAGAGGACUCUAUUGAUUCCAUUAUAAAUAGCUGCGUAGAACUUUGUUCCAGAAUAAACAAGUUCGAAAAGGACCGUUCCGACUGCCAAUAUGGUUUAUUGAAUCUCGAAAAAAAGGUAGAAAGUCUGGAAUUAACCUCACGAACUUCCACUCUUGAAAUAAGGAAUAUUCCCGCAACGGAUAAUGAAACUACAUCUGAUUUGAUGAAUAUAGUUCGUGCUACAGCCAAGGCGCUGAAACUUGAAAUACAACAGUCGCAAAUCCGAGACGUCUACCGCCUACCUAGCAAGCCUGGUAAAACUCGACCAAUCAUUGCCGAAUUUUCUACCGUUGCCUUGAAGAUGGAAGUGUUAAACUCUGUACGAAACUAUAACAAAAACAGGGCUUCAACUGAGAAGCUAAGUACCGGGAUGAUUGGACUAAAAGGGAAAUCAUCCCCAAUUUACUUAUCUGAAUACCUGCCAGGACCCACCAGAAAGCUGUUUUACCAGGCAAGAGAAUUUGCCAAGCUCUCGGACUAUAAAUUCUGUUGGGCCGUAAAUGGUAAAAUAUAUCCCCGCAAAACUGAAAAUUCCAACGCAAUUAAAGUUGACUCAGAACAAGUUCUCCGCGCCCUGACUAACGAUAAGUGA